AUGGUGACUGGCUGGCGAAGGGCCUUCUGUACAUCCAUUCCCAAAGACAGAGACUCAAAAGUGCGUAUUGAGAAGCAGCAAUGCAACGACAACGGCAAUCAGCAGAAUCCCAGAACCAGCUCCAAAUUUGGCUUCUUCUCCAACCCAUCAACCCCACGCCUGCAAUCUCAACCCCAAACUCAACCUGUAGUAUCUAGCCCCGGCGGCCUCCGCUGCCGAACCACCGCCACCUCCACCGCCACAAACACCCCCACUUCCUCACUACCUAACAGCCCAAAACUCCAAUGCGACGUCUCGUCCGCCGCCACAACCCCCCAAAAAACCACCAGCUACAGCCCGAGACUGCUUUUCCAGUUCCAGCGCUCCAACCCAUCGUCCCCAAAAUCUCCCUCCAGGUUCUCAAUCCUCAGGUCCACCCUACGCCUCUCCAAAAGUAGAUGCGGAAUCUGCUUACAGACUGUGAAAAGUGGUCAGGGCACCGCCAUUUUCACGGCGGAGUGCUCCCAUUCCUUCCACUUCGCCUGCAUCUCCGCCCACGCCAAGAAGAACAGCCUCCUCCUCUGCCCCGUCUGCAGCACUGCCUGGAAGGAACUGCCGUUAAUCUCCGUCAACAAACCACAAACCCAGCAGCAACCGCUGCCAUUUUCAUUGCCCAAGAAGCCCAGAGAUGUUAAGACCAAACCUCCGAGAGUUUACAACGACGACGAGCCGCUUUCGUCCCCGACUUCCGGUUCCCAGUUCAACCCAAUACCAGAAGAGAACGAUGACGAAAACGACGCCGUUGAAUUCCAGGGGUUCUUUGUCAAUGCGAGUUCCAGGCUUCAAUCACGUUUCCCUUCGGCUGACCGGAAUGUGAAGAAUGUGGAGGUCAGUCUGUUGCCGGAACUGGCGGUUGUGGCUGUCGGAAGGAGUUACGAGACGCACGCGGUGGUUCUGAAGCUCAAAGCACCGCAAACCAAUGAGUCCAAGACGGCGUCGUUAGAGCUUCGCGCUCCGAUUGACUUGGUGACGGUGGUGGACGUGAGCGCGAGCGCGAGCAAUGCAAAGAUUCAGAUGAUGAAGCGCGCGAUGCGACUUGUAGUUUCGUCGCUGCGCGACACUGACCGUCUCUCAAUCGUCGCAUAUUCCUCCACUUCGAAGAGGCUGUUGCCGCUCCGGCGAAUGACCUCCGCCGGCCGACGUUCUGCUCGUCGGAUUGUGGACGCGCUCUGCGCCGUCGGCCAGAGGAUGUGUCUCAACGACGCGCUCAAGAAGGCCGCAAAGGUGAUCCAAGAUCGGCGCGAGAAAAACGCUGUUGCGAGUAUCAUGCUUCUAUCGGAUGCCGCUCAACCAAAAACCAAUCAGAAGCGAUCUUCUUCCCCCGUCGUGUCCUCCACGCGCUUCCCUCACCUCGACAUCCCCGUCCACACAGUCGCAUUCGGGGACGGUUGCGACGACGCGCUUGUAAGGUGCAUUGGAGGCUUACUAAGCGUCGUGGUCCAGGAUCUUAGUCUCCAACUCGGCGUCAUUUCGGGUUCAUUACCUGCCGAGAUCGCCGCUGUCUACUCACUCACGGGUCGGCCCGCAGCUCUAGGAUCCGGUUCGAUCCGACUCGGCGACCUCUACGCUGGAGAGGAACGAGAGUUAUUAGUCGAACUGAAAAUGCCGUUUUCCGCCACGGCGGGGCCCCACGCAUCCCAGAACGUGAUAUCCGUGAGGUCCACACACAGGGUCCCGUCGUCCAAUGAGAUUGUGUGUUCAAAAGAGCGGGUCCUCCUCCUACCUCGAUCGCAGACAGUCCGAUCGUCAUCGUUGAACCCGAACAUCGAGCGGCUGAAGAACCUCCACGUAGCGGCUAGAGCUGUGGCGGAGUCGCGGAGGUUCGUGGAGAGGAGCAGCGACUUUUCGGGCGCCUACCACCUGCUGUCGUCGGCGCGAACGUUGCUCCUGCAUUCGAGGUCAGCUUCGGCGGAGGAGUUCCUGCGUGGUUUGGAGGGGGAGAUGGCUGAGUUGCAGAGGCGGCGGCAGGUUCAGCUGCUGGCGAAGGUUGAGGCGAAGCAAAGCAAGAAGGGAUUCAACAACGGACAGGUGGAGGAGAAGCAGGAUCCGCUAACGCCGACGUCGGCUUGGCGCGCCGCCGAGAAAUUGGCUAAGGUGGCUACGUUAAGGAAGUCCAUGAACAGAGUCAGCGACUUACACGGCUUCGAAAAUGCCAGAUUUUAGUUCCUGUGUUUUCUUUUUAGAUUUUAUUUUAAUUUAUUUUUGAUAUAUUUUGUAAUUGUAAUACAAAAGGGAAUAUAAUGAUAUCAAAAAAUUUCAUGGCGAUGAAAAAAAUAUUUGAAAAUAUGGGCCCAGGCCCAUAAUGGCGACAAGUAGUAACGGACGGCUUGGCCCUUUUGGAAAGGAGAGGAAAAGUAAAAAACAUUGAACAAAAACCCCCCAAUGAAAAAAAAUUGAAUAUGAAACGUU